CCGGACCGUAUGAUUUUCUGUCAAUGCCAUGAACAAGGGAAACUGUGCACUGUCAGUCCAAAGAGGAAUAUACCAGCUUGGUAAAUGGCGAAGACCUACGAUUAUCUGUUCAAACUCUUGCUCAUAGGGGACAGCGGAGUCGGAAAGACAUGUCUCCUGUUCAGAUUCAGCGAGGAUGCGUUCAACACCACCUUCAUCUCCACAAUCGGAAUUGAUUUCAAAAUCAGAACUAUCGAGCUCAAUGGGAAGAAAAUCAAGCUGCAGAUAUGGGACACAGCAGGACAGGAAAGAUUUCGGACUAUCACCACAGCAUACUACAGAGGCGCUAUGGGGAUUAUGUUAGUAUAUGACAUCACCAGUGAAAAGUCAUUUGAGAACAUAAAAAACUGGAUCCGCAAUAUUGAGGAGCAUGCGUCAUCUGAUGUUGAGAGGAUGAUCCUCGGAAACAAAUGUGAUAUGAACGACAGGAGACAGGUGUCCAAAGAGAGAGGAGAGAAAUUGGCAAUCGAUUAUGGAAUAAAAUGUCUGGAAACAAGUGCAAAAUCCAGCGUAAAUGUGGAGGAGGCCUUUUUCACCCUAGCCAGAGACAUCAUGGCCAGACUCAACAGGAAAAUGAAUGAUGGCGGUCAUGCAGAUGGUGGGGGGCCGGUGAAGAUCUCAGAAAAGCGCUCCAAAAAGCACAGCAUCUUCAAAUGUUCUCUGCUGUAACUCUUCUGCAGCGAGUGGAUACAUUUACCCGCUGUGUCACGGUGGCAGCCACAAAUGCUCUGAUGGUAUAACAUAUCACAUGAGCCCCUGCAAAGAGCUGCAAUAUCAGGCUCAAGAGCAGACAAACGUUUGUGUUUCCAAGCCUUUAAAUUCAAGAUGGUACAGAGGAAUGAUGCAGUUUUGAGAGAUUUAAUCCGUGGUAGACUUGAAGAAUAAGAAGUUUUGUUUGUUGUGUGGUGAUAAUCAUGAUCACGAUCGUGUCUUUCUGGUCAAAAGAUAAUGGAUCAAAUAUCAAAGGGUUUGUUUAAAGGGAUAGUUCACUCAAAGAGCAAAAUACUGCCAUCAAUUACUCAAAAGUCAUUCCAGACCUGUUUGACUUUCUUUCUUUUGUCGAACACAAAAUAAAAAGUUUAGCAGAAUUUCCGAGCUGCUCACCUCUAUACAAUGAAGUAAAUGGGGACCAGGGGCUUUAAAAAAAACAGCAAAAAAAAUAAAUAAAUCAUAAAUACUUGUGAAAAGUAGUCCACGCUGCUUGUUAAUUAUAUUCCAAGUCUUCGAAAGUCAUAUGACAGCUUUGCAUGAGGAACAGUGUGAAAUGUAAGUCAUUAUUCACUGAAAAUCUUUCUUGACAAGCGUGGUCACCAUUUACUUUCAUUGUAUGGAAAUGAGCAGCUCGGACAUUCUGCUAUAAAUAACUCCCUUAUGUGUUCCUCAGAAGAAACAUAGUCAUACAGGAGCACAUGAGAGUGAGUAAAUGAUGACAUAAUUUCCAGUUUUGGACGAACUAUUCCUUUAAUGCGUUUUUGUAAAAUAUUCUAUACGAAUAAUGCAUACUCUGUCUUAAAACAUUUGCUGCUGAAGGCUUAGAUAUACAUUUAGUAUUUCUAAAUUAGUGAGAGUCAGAAGUUUGUCAGUAUUAUAGAGUUUGUUUUGUUAUAAUAUGUUACAAAGUGUCUUUAAGAACUACAUAUGCAUUGUUUAUAAAAUAUAUAAUGCGUUUUUUGGAACACCCAUGGGUUAAAGCAUGGGUUCUUCUUACAGCCAAAAGUCCAUACAUAGUGCAGACAGACAUCAGUCCACCAACUGGAUGGUUACAAAGAUAGAACCUGACGGAUACAUGAUGGAUAGAGGAACAUCUUCAGGUCAUGUAUCAUAGGGAGCACGACUUACUUGGCAAAAUCAGUCAAAAUUAUGUGAAUAUCUAUAAUCACUUAAACCUUGUGUCAUUUUUGGAGAUAUUUCAUAAUAAAGUCUAAUAAUCAGCCACUUAAUUUGCAUACAUUUAAAUUAAUGUAUUAAUUUGAUACGUUCUGGAUGCUUAGCUGCAUACAAGCAAGUGUAGAUACUCAAACCAUUAAGGUCAUGUGUGAAUUAUCUACACUAAACUGUUAUUUGAAUAAACAAGCCACUAAUGCAUUCUUAUGAGUCAUUAAUAAACUGUCUUUUUUGCAUAUCAAUUUGAUAUUUCUCACUCUUUGAGCUCUUUCUUAUUGUUUUAUUGGAAGUAGUCAGCGCAUAAUGUUAAAUGUUCUAUGUACAGCCUUUCUUACUGUUUAUAUAACUCGUUUCACCUUAAACUCUUAAAGAAGUGUGCGGUUGCCAAAAAGUGGUAUGAUGUGUUUUUUGUGCUUGUAAUGUUUUUUGCAUAGUUGUAUUAGUCAAAGGACACAGGGUGAAUAUUAUAGGUGUUGACACUGGUUAUAUCUGCACUUUUGUUUUCAAAUGUGAGACAUUUUGGUCUCCCAUUUAAACUUCAGAAGAGGAAGUAGAUGAAGUAGGUAACAGCAAUAAAAUGUCCCAUUUUGGGAUUGCCUUUUCCAACUACUUGUGCUGAUAUUGGGAAACUUAAUGCCUUGGAUCCAUAUCCAUUUAUCUGAGUUGGACUGUUUGAAUCUAGGAACUGCCAUACUACUCUGAAAAAAUUUAUUGGUGAAAUGUAGCAUGACCACUGAUAUUCAGAUGGGACCAUUGUUAUGUAUGUAUUAUUUCAUAUUUGUGAUUGUAUGACCUAACAUUUAAGAGAUAACUGGACUUGUGUUACUGGACUCUCUAUAUAAUGUAGCCUGCUAUAUGAAAAAAUUACUAUACACUCAUUUAAAGCUUGUUUUAUAACCAUAAAGAAAAUAUGAACAAGAAUUUGAAGUGUGGUUUUAUUAAUUGUAACUUUUAUACUACAUAUAAUAGAUAAAGUAAAGACUGUGUACAACAUUUUUGCCUGUCUUCAUUAAUUUCUUGCUUUGCAGUUCAUCAUCCAGAACAGAAGAUAGUGCUGUUGUACAGUUUUAUGCCUACAAUACAGUGCAACAGUGCCUGCCCAACUUUUCAGUCGUCUUGGUUACAGAAGUAUUUUCUACAGAAGUCUUUUCAUAAAAUCCUUCAUAAAAGAGUUCUAAGCCAUGAACCAAACCAACCAGCUCAGAGGUGAAUCACAACAUUACAAACUUGGAUUUGAAGCAAAAAAGUAUUUGAAAAUCGGACAAAAAGACAAAGGUACAAGACUGUGUUCUUAACGUCUUGCACAUGGUAGGAACUACAAUCCCAUUAUGCAUUGCUAAUGAUGUAAUUGAAUAAAAAAAACGAUGGAAAUAUAAAAAAAACUAUUGAUUUUAGGUUGUUGAUUAUAAGUAUAGAAACAAUAUAUUUUAAAUUUACUGCAAAAGUUUAAGAUAUAUACAUAUAUAUUUAGUUUAAGGGGUGUAGGGAGACUGACUGUACUCGAUUGCAUCAUUCACAGUGCUUAAUGGUUUUGCAGGCUCUGUUGGCCACCGUUCUCUGAUUGGUGGAUCUUUCUGUGGGUCAUGGAUAGUGUAGUUCUUCACCAGGAAUUCCAUUAUUAAACAUGAUUUUUAAACACUGAAGUUGAAAUAACAUGAACCGAUGGCUUCAACAAAUGCAUAUACCAUCAAUGAACAACCUCAGAGUUCAAGGUAGACUGUUAUAUACAGAGCAAAUUAUGACGACUCAUCGCUGCAGGCGCAUCAGCAUUUCACUGUAGACGCUAGCAGUGUUCGAAUUGGUUCGAGCUCAACCAAGGCCCUUCUCCCCCGAUUGCUCAGUUUUGCCAGGCAGCCAGCUCUAGGAAGAGUCCUGGUUGUUCCAAACUUCAUCCAUUUAAGAAUUAUGGUGGCCACUGUACUCUUGGGAAACUUCAAUGCAGCCGACAUUUUUUUGUAGCCUUCCCCAGAUCUGUGCCUAGACACAAUCCUAUCUCUGUGUUCUGCAGGCAGUUCCUUUGACCUCAUGGCUUGGUUUUUGCUCUGAUAUGGAUUUACAUAUACAGGUGUGUGCCUUUCCAAAUCAUGUCCAAUCAACUGAAUUUGCCACAGGUGUACUCCAAUCAAAGUGCAGAAACCUCUCAAAGAUGAUCCAGAGAAAUGGGAUGCACCUGAGCAAAAUUUCAAGUGUCAUAGCAAUGGGUCUGAAUACUUAUGUCAAUGUGAUAUUUCAGUUUUUUUCUUUGUAAUAAAUUUGCAAAGUUAUAAAAAAUCAGAUUUUUGCUUUGUCAUUAUAGGGUAUGGAGUGUAGAUUGAUGUGAAAAAAAUAAUUUAAAGCAUUUUAGCAUAGGGCUGCAACAUAAAAUGUGAAAAAACUGAAGGGGCCUGAAUACUUUCUGAAUGCACUGUAUAUGCUAGUGUACUUCUAAAUGUUGACAAAAUUCAUUUUCAGAAGAUAUAAGCACUUAAAAUCCAUGAUGUCACAUAGAGGUUGAGAAACCUUGUCCAAUCAAAUGCUUUCUAGAACGAGAAUGCACCCUCCUCCUACGACUCUUCAGCACGUCUGGCUGUGUUCUAACAGUCGCUUACCAUGCCUUCGCAGUGCACGUCGAAGGGAACAUAAUCCAUGCUGUAGGGUCAUGCCAAACAGUUUUGCCAAUAAAGGUCACUCAAAAAGUGAGUUGGCCGUUAUCACCUUUCAGCAGUCUAAAGCUCUAACAGUGUAAGGUAAUUGUCUUCGAAGGGAUAAGGGCAUAUGGAUGAUCACUUCUGAAUAGGACGUACCGACGUGGGGGCUGGACUCAAGGAAAGUUUAUUUAUAUGUUUUGUGCAGUCUGACAUUUCUUGGGAUAAACAGCUUGAGUAAGUGUUCUUUAUUCUUUAUGCUUAGAGUAUUGUGAUUCAAAACAUGGAUAUAUUACCUUGUUUCUAAUUCAUCUGCAUUGGACUUGCACAAUGGUUCCAGCCUUGUAGUAAAAUGUGCUAUGUGUGUUUGUGGGCUGGUUAUGGAUUCAUGUUGUCAGUUAGAUCAUUGUUCGGAAAAGUUGGCCGGUAUUGAGAUUGCUUCUAAAGUUUCCCCGGUAAGCGGCUUUGACAUAACCAGCAUGGUGGAAAGAGGUAUAUGUGUGUGGCUGUGGCUGUAAACUAAACCCUAUUGCCAAUUUUUAAAAAUGGGUCGUUCCACAUGUCCUGCCCCAAAUUCCUGUUUUAGCAGGAAAUAUGUCAAAACACUAAAUCAAACUGCACUUGUCAAGGCACUUCAUGGGGACUUAAGCUGCAGAAAAAGUGCAGCUGUUAGUUGUGAUCCUAUGGUUAUUGUAGUAAAACCAGGGUUAAUUUUGUAAGGGAAUGUUAGGGUUAGGUUUAGGGGUAGGGGUGGGUGUUGGUGAAGGGUCUCUGUGGGACUCCCAUAUACUGUGUAGGGUGUCUGUGGGAUACCCCUACACAGUCUGUUAGUAUUUAAUUAGGAGUGCAGAUAGUCUACUGCCGAUAGAUUUUUU